AUGGACGGAGACGGAUUCGACUUGUGGAGCUCGCAGCCGUCGGCGAGCGGCCCUGCCCGCGCCGGUCUCGACCUCAACUCGCAAGCGCCGGCGGCGGAGGGGUUCCCGGGGAUUCGGCUGUACGAAGACUUCCUCCAGGCCGACGACGUCGAGGUCCUUCCUGGACGCGGCAGGGGCUCCGGCCUCCCUCCCUAUCGCCCACCGCGUGCCGGAGCAGGAGACGCGUGGGCGACUCCGGCGCCCCAGCAUGCCCGACAACUACUCUUUGGCGGCUCCUCCUCGGCGGCAGCCGGUCGCGGAGGAGGAAACGGUGGCGGCUACACCGGCAGGUCGUCGUCGGGGGCAGGCGCUGGUGUUCGGCAGCGCGCGAACUCGGCCGCCGCAGCAGCCGGCCGGCGUCCCCAGCGCACCAACACGGCUUCUCGUGGCAGCGGUGGCCAGGGCGUACCGCUUCCCCGAGCACCGAGGGCACCGAGGGCACCGAGGAGUGGCGUCCGUGGGCAAGCAUCCGGCUCCGGCGGUACCUUCGACAUUGACGAUGAAGCAAUGGAGGAUAACGUGGAGGAGUUAGCGAGCUCCGGCGGUCCCCCGGUGAGCCAUUCCAGUCGAGCCCAAUGGAAUGAUGCAAAUAAUGCUUGCUUGUUAGAAUUGUGCAUAGAGCAACGUAGAGCAGGAACGUAUAAUGGUUCACAAAUGAGUGGUGAAGGGUAUCAAGCCGUUGUCGAUGGCUUACUUGCCAGAAGAAGGUUGGUGUACACCCGUGGACAAGUGAAGAACCAAAUAGGCGUACUCAAACACACCCACGCUUUCUGGCGCUACUUGCAAACGCACACAGGGUUGGGGAGGAGACCAGAUGGAUCCAUUGAUGCAGAUCAUGAUUUAUGGCUAACUCAUACAGAGAAAAAACCAUACUUAAAGAAGCUUCUGACGAGUCCUCCAGCAAACGAGGACUUGCUUGAUGAACUGUUCAGAGGGUACACUGUGGAUGGCACCACAGCCUUUGUGCCUGGUGAUGAUUAUGGUGACAAUGAGGGGCAAGAUGCAAGGACAGAAGAUGAUGAAGAAGAAGAGUUUGCACAAACACCUACAAGUAGAAGCAGCCAGAGGAGUCAGAGGGGCAAGAGGGCAUUGAACAGCACUACAAGCACUUUGACCAGUCCAGUGAAGAGGAGCAAGAGCCCAAUGGUGAAGAUUGUGAAGGACAUAGCCAGUACCUUCAAAGAAUCUGUCGCAGCCAACACUAAGCAAAUCCAGAAACGUGCAAAUGACAAGGCUGCAUUUUCUGUCAAGAGGUGUCAGGAGCUGGCAUUUGAGUGUGGCGUUGAGAAAACCGUUGACUCUGUCUAUGCUAUGUCCAAGAUGUUCGAAACAGAGUACCAAAGGGAGUUCUUCUGUGGCCAGUUAACUCCUGAGCUUAGGUUGGGUUACUUCAAGAAAUGGUGCAGGGACAAGAAUUUGGAGUAG